AUGACAGCAGUUGUCAAACAAAAUCGUAAAACUUAUGAAUAUAUUAGGAACAAACGUAAACACUGUAGUCGUAUCUGUGCCCUGUACAGAAGAGUCGUAAGAGUUUCUCGUAAGCGAAGAGUACCACGUCUUUCUGUCGUGCCGCGGGUAUCUCGGCCGCCGGUUUGUGGAGCGGACGAAGUGCACGCGCCAGCGACCUGCAGACUGCUGCGUCCGGGAGUGCGUCGAGGUCUCAGCGUGGCGUGGCGUGGUGCGUACGUUAGUCGCGCCGUCCUGCCAAGCGCUCGCGGCCGUCGAGGGAAGCAGGUGAGAAUGCGCGAGGCAGCGCGCGGCCGCGUCCCCAGCCGCGAUCGACUCGUCUUCCUCCUCCGCCCCCACACAUCCGCCGCCGACCCCCGCCCCGCCCAGCCCCCCACCCACCCGCGCAGCCGGUGCUUUUAUUGUGAUAGUUUUUUGCCGCACCUCGCCGCACUCUUCACAGCCGCCGCCGCCGUCUUCCGCCGCCCGCUUCCUUGCGCAAACGACGUCCUGCACCGGCUUCCAAUCUUUGCAGACUAA